CGGUAUCCGGAAGUACCCGAUCCCGUGAUGUCAGGGGAGUGCUAGCAUAGCAUCGGAGCGACCAAAGUGGCUUCAACGGUUCAGGCUCUAAAACUCUCCGAUCCGUGAUUGUCAGUAAACUGUGUUUGUCCGUUUCUGUCCACCGACAUGGAGUCAGCGGAGUCGAAGACUGUCUUUGGAUGUAUCCUUCCGCGUCAACGUUACCAAUGGGGAUGAAGCCUCUGGUAGGAAGUCUAACGGGAUGCCUCUCAGUUAGCCUGAAGUCGGAUUUAUGUCCCACACAAGCUAGCAGGCUGGUUCAUAGGUUGUGGCAGGUUAACACGGAGCUCAACUCCGCCGCUUAGACUGGAACCAGGUCGAGUUAUGGCUCGGUUGGGGCUGGAGCAGGUGACAGAUUUCGGGGACUAUACUCGCAGUAAAGAGCUGACUGAGAUCUUCAAACUGAGCCUGUCACACGUCCGUCUGAGCCCAGAUGCUCGUCACAUCCAUGUCAUCCUCCGCAAGCCUAAGGUGGGUCUUGUGACUUUUGACAAGUAUGACAAACCUCAGCUGGCCCAGAACCAGAAGAAGCUGGAUUUACGUCUCACACGAACCGUACCUAUUGUGGAUAUUUUAUACCUGGACUACAACAACAGGAGCAGCAGCAGCAGGGACGCAGUGGUCGUGGCAGUGAUUUACGAGGAUGGGAAAGCUGAGUUUUGGAGAUUCCAGGAGUGCAAAGCAGGCUGGCAUCUCCUGCAAACAUCGGACUUGUGCAACAGCCCCCGAGCCGUGGUGGUCUCAGUGUGUGCCUGUCCUAAUCUUAUCGUGUGGUGUGAGGAGAGACCGCCCUCAGAGAGCUCCCCUGCCCUCAGCUCCCCGAGGAACAAACUCAGAUACUGUGUUUGCAGACGUGACUUCGAGGUGGAGGAGGGGGCUGUCAGCUUGGGUGGAGUGAAAAUCGCCCUCCACAAUAACCCAAAAUUCAACGUGAUCAGUUCAGGGGAAUGUGUGCAUCUCCUCCCUGACUUAAAAAUGAAGCCUCUGUUGAGCAUCUCCAAGUUCUUCCUCACCUGGUCCCCUCACCAUGACUCCUUCACAGUCAGCACCUCAUGUAAAAACACGCCCCUCAAGAAGCUGUCAGCGAAAGAGUCUGACUUUAAGAGACUGGUGCCGGACUGUUUGGGGUAUUUAUCGACUCUUGACCCGCCUGAGAUCUACGACGUCUCACCUACAGGUUGUGGAGGCUUGCUGCUGCUGCUCAGUACAGGCUGGGUGUGUUUUCUGCAGAAAGACGGGGUUCUUCGACAGGUUUUCAAGCUGGCAGACAACUGUUUGGUCAAAUUUGGUACACACACUAGUCUUUGCAUGUACCAGGACACUCUGGCUGUGCUGGUAGGGCAAAACCUGCAUCUGAUAGACGUGAACUGUGGCAGGGAGCUGGACAAGCUCACACUAAAGAGAGAGGGGGUGUUAUACACGGAUCAUGCAGAGAAACGGACGCCUCACUUCCUCUCAGAAACUGGACUUUUUAUGGUUGUAAACAAGGACACUGACUCCAACAAGAUGAAGCCUUGUGGUUUCAGCACAGUGGAGAGUAUUGACUCCGGAGCUCUCCUGGUGGAGGCCGUCUUCGAGGAGGCAUGUAAAUACUACCAGCAGAGGAGCCUGAGCAGCACACAGCUCACUGUGGACAAUCUGAAGAAAGGAGGGAGGUUCCAGGCUCCCAUCUCUUUAGCCACCAUCGUCAGGAACUUCCUCCUGAGGCAGAGAGGAGCAGAACUGUCCCAGAAUGGUGACGGGGGAUAUACAGCAGGGCAUGAUAAGCUAAUGGUGUCUCUGGAGGCUGAGCUCAAGAGUCUAGUCAGUCUGGAGGAGGUGAAGGGGAGCUUAGCAAGGCAGAGUGUGAAAGAGGUGGAGGCUGUGUGUGAGACACUGGUGGAGAAAGAAGUAGCGAGACUGUUGUCCUCCUCAGAGCUGGAUCACGAGGCUCUGCUGUACCUCAACUCCAUCUUCAGCACCUUCCCCUGCCAGGCGUGGAGGGCGGCACAGGUUGCCUUACAGCUACACUACAACGGGGAGCGUUCUCUGUCCAGCAAGGCGUCACCAGACAUGUGGAAAACUGUCCUCACCCCAGCGGUGACACCCAGCACUGCAGCCUCCAUGUCGUUCACGAAUGGCAGGCCGAAACACAACCACAGCCUCAAAGGUGAUCACAUCGCCAACUGUAAAGUCAAACCCACCAGCUCCUCUCCUCCAGCGGCCCUGCCCGUGUUCGAACUCCUCUGCGUCUCUGUGUUUCACUUCCAGCCCAGCUGGUUGCCCACGUUCCUGGAGCUCGCCCAGCAGCAGCAGCAGCUGGGCUCCACCGGCCUGGGUCUGAGCUUGGCCACUUCCUCCUGGGGCUUCUCCGGCGCGAGAGGAGGUGAGGGCGGGGAGAACAAUGUGCCGCUCUACAAACGGGCCCUGUGCACCCUGUCCAGCCUGAGCGUGGACCGAGCCCAGCAGCAGGAUGUGGAGGUGGAGCUGCUGCUGGUCAGCGGGCGGCCCAACGCCAUCCUUCAGGCUCUGAGGAUCCUCAUGGCCAUGCAGCAGUGGGAGAGGGUCACCCAGGUGGCUCAGAAGUUCUGCAAGCAGAGUCCACUGCUCAACAAGGAGAUCUUCACCACGCUGCUGUGCGAGGUGGCCCAGCAUCGAGACCUGGACCCAUACCUGGAUUUACUGUGGGUGCUCUGCCCUGAAGACCUCACCGUCACAACUAUUCUCAACUUGGUGCUGAAAAACCUCCCCUCCCCUAACAGCCCCCCUUCAUCCUCUUCGUCCUCCUUCUCCAUGUCCAUCACAUCCCCCUCUCCGCCUGCUCCCUUUGCAGUCCCACAGAACAGCCAGUUAACCAUCGGGCUGCUCAAACCCCUGCUGAGAAAAGUCCUUCAGAGGGAGACCAAAGCAAGCCAGCGAUACGCCGACAUCCUGCAGUCUCCAUCGUACCCCCCUCCCGCUCCUCCUCGCCAGCCCGCAGAGCAGCCGAGCGCCGCCACAGAUCCCUGCAUAAACUCAGCUCUUGAGAGCGACACUGACCCGGUGUAUCUUGCAGAAACACCUGAAGAGCAGUUGCCCAUACACGCAGCAGCUGUCCCGAGAACCAGGAUGGUACUGCCUGCUCACCCGGUCUGAAUCAGGAAGAUGAACAGAGACCUGACAUUCCCCACACAUGUCGACAAUCAAAUCAGUGUGAUGCAAUCAGUUGUGAUAUGUGACAGUGUUUUAAAAGGUAUUAUCAGAUGAAGUAUGACUACUAGAAACUAUGAAAUGACUACUGACGAUCUUACCGGUGUAAAUACUGCAGGUAAAAUGAAGCCUUAAUGUGUAUAUACUGUGUCUGUGAUGUUAUUUAUCUCUUUAGCCUUAACUGCACAUGGUCUGAGAAUGUUAUUGCAUUGAAAAAGCUUCGUCUUUACCAGGAAAGCAUUGAUAUAAAUAAUAUAUUGUUUUAACCCCAGUAUGGAGUCUUUUCUGCUCUGACAAAAAAAGGAGCCACUAAUCCUCGCUCUUAUGGUGUAUCAUAUCUGUGUGUAGAAUAUGUUUGUUGUUGUUUUGUAGCCACGUUUAAUUUCUCCCUGCGCUCAUGCAGUGGGUGAAUUUCACAUGUUUGUGUUUGAAUGUUUGUUUUAAGUGUGAUACGGUUUAAAGAGGAGGUCCAAGGUUGCCUUACUGACUAGUUAAGUAAUCAACAUAUCACAGGUGUUUAAACAUUAACCUGCUUUUUUUGAUGGGCUCAACCAGACCACGUAUCCUCUCUAAACCAAACCCAAACAACUUUUUUUGCUUCCAUUUUUAAAUUCCUGUCACCCAUUUCUCUCUUCAGACUCCAUCUUGUCCAACUCGCCUCUGGACCAGCAGGACAUUCCUCACAGUUUGACUUUAACUCAAUUUUGGAGGUAAUUCUGUUAGGGCUGGAGUGUGGGUUGGGCACGGUGUGACUAACAUAGACGCUCUGCUCCUCGCAGAAGGUCGUGUCCGUGCUCCUUCAUGGACUCAGUGAGUGGUAAUGCCAUUAGAGAUGUGAGGCCCUCUGUGUUCUCCCUCCUGAUAGCUUUCUCUGAAACAGAUUGCACUUUUAUUUCACCCCUGUCAGUAUUGUGUUUGUGCUUUGAAUGCAUCUGUUGAAUGAAUGUUUUCUGAUUAAGUGCUGUAAACUAACAUAUUUAAGUGCCUAUUAUCUUCAGUGCCUGUGUUAAUCCUCUCAGUUUGAGUAGCUCGUUUAAAUCGAGGAAAGUGUUUUAUCAUGUAAAUGUGGAGCCGUCAAAAACAAAAGUCAAAUUUGUAACAAACUUUGAAGACUUCUUUACUCUUCAUGAAACUCUCUUGAGCGUUUGGUGACAAUCAGACUCCAAAAUGCUGCCGAACAAUCAGAACGCCUUUCACAGGGGCUGCUCUUCAUUUACAGAGCGGUGUCACAUUCCUGCUACCUCUCCUCAGCUUCACUCCUGCUCAGGAGUAGGAAGAGGAGGAGGUAGAUCAGAAGAGAGCAGUGUUUUUAAUCAUGUUUUUAGUUUGUUUUUACUCUUCUUGGGUUUUUAAAGUGGUUGAAAUCUGUUUUUUAUGACAUUUUAACUUAAAAAGGAAACACAGAUCUCAAACUCAAGGUGAACAAACGUUAAAAAACCUGUUUCACUGUGGACCUGUUAUGUUUUCAAGUCAGUGGGAACUCCCUGACUUCCUCAGACAAACCACCGGUCUGAUGUGACGACUGCAUACAGUUUAAACAUUAAUUUGCCCUCUCUUGGUUUCUGUUGAAUACCUGCUGGAUCUGCUCUGCGAUGUUUGCGUUGCUGCCUGCUCUCUUUUGAAGUAUUUGAAAAGCAGAAAAUGUAAACAUGUAUUUAUGAACGGAUGCUGUAUGCUAUUAAACUGAAGAUAAAACUUC